ACGAGCACCCUCCAGAACCCUCUGGUGUUCCCUCUGUUUUUUCCUGGAGCUCUCUCCAUUUCGCUCCCCCUGGCAUCUUCUACCGAUCUCUUUUGCUCUCUCAAACUUUCCAAUACAUUGCGCACACCCCUAUAUAUAUAUCGACAGCAAGCCUCCAAUUUCACUUCAGACAGAAACAAACAUAACACGAAAGGUAACAAGUUCAGCCCAAAACACGCACCCACACUCUCGAAACCAACCAAAUUUCUUUGCUCUCGUUCCCUUUUUAACACUUUCUUGCUAAAACAUCCAUAAUGGCAUCAAAAACUGAAGGAAAGGCCAUUGGGAUUGAUCUUGGCACAACCUACAGCUGUGUAGGCGUGUGGCAGAAUGAUCGUGUAGAGAUCAUAGCAAAUGAUCAAGGCAACAGAACCACUCCCUCUUAUGUUGCCUUCACUGACACUGAACGUUUGAUAGGUGAUGCAGCUAAGAACCAGGUUGCGAUGAACCCUCAAAACACUGUUUUUGAUGCGAAAAGACUUAUUGGCAGGCGUUUCUCUGACCCUUCAGUUCAGAGUGACAUGAAGCACUGGCCUUUCAAGGUGGUUCCAGACCCUGCUGACAAGCCUCUGAUUGUGGUGCAGUAUAAAGGUGAAGAGAAGAGGUUUUCAGCUGAAGAAAUCUCUUCUAUGGUGUUAACCAAGAUGAAGGAGAUUGCUGAGGCUUAUCUUGGUCAUGCUGUGAAUAAUGCUGUGGUUACUGUGCCUGCUUAUUUCAAUGACUCGCAAAGGCAGGCUACAAAGGAUGCUGGAGCUAUUGCAGGUCUGAAUGUUUUGAGGAUUAUUAAUGAGCCAACUGCUGCUGCCAUUGCUUAUGGUUUGGAUAAGAAGGCGUCGAAGAGUGGCGAGCAAAACGUGCUUAUUUUCGAUCUUGGUGGUGGAACUUUUGAUGUUUCUUUGUUGACAAUUGAGGAGGGGAUUUUUGAAGUGAAAGCUACUGCUGGUGAUACUCAUCUUGGAGGUGAGGAUUUUGAUAAUAGGCUUGUUAAUCAUUUUGUUGCAGAGUUCAGGAGGAAGCACAAGAAGGAUAUUAGUGCCAACGCCAAAGCUCUGAGAAGGUUGAGGACUGCCUGCGAGAGGGCAAAGAGGACUUUGUCUUCGACCACUCAGACAACAAUUGAGAUUGAUUCUCUCUAUGAAGGUAUUGAUUUCUAUUCUACAAUCACAAGAGCAAGAUUUGAAGAAAUGAACAUGGAUUUAUUUAGAAGGUGCAUGGAACCUGUGGAGAAGUGUCUCCGUGAUGCAAAGAUUGAUAAGAGCCACGUUCAUGAAAUUGUUCUUGUUGGGGGAUCAACAAGGAUUCCCAAAGUGCAGCAACUUCUGCAAGAUUUCUUCAAUGGUAAGGAACUCUGCAAGAGCAUAAACCCUGACGAGGCUGUUGCUUAUGGAGCUGCCGUCCAAGCUGCAAUAUUGAGUGGAGAAGGGAAUGAGAAGGUUCAAGAUUUACUUCUCCUUGAUGUCACUCCUCUUAGCGUUGGCAUUGAGACUGCUGGUGGUGUGAUGACAGUCUUGAUUCCAAGAAACACAACAAUUCCCACCAAGAAAGAGCAAGUCUUCAGUACUUACUCUGAUAACCAAACCAGUGUGCUAAUUCAAGUGUAUGAAGGUGAAAGGGCUCAAACCAAGGACAACAAUCUUCUUGGCACAUUUGAGCUUAAAGGAAUCCCUCCAGCGCCUAGAGGUGUUCCGCAGAUCAAUGUAUGCUUCGACAUCGAUGCAAAUGGCAUCUUGAAUGUUUCUGCAGAAGAUAAGGCUUCAGGAGUGAAGAAUAAGAUUACCAUCACCAAUGACAAGGGAAGACUGGGCAAGGAUGAUAUUGAGAGAAUGGUGCAAGAGGCAGAGAGAUACAAAGCAGAGGAUGAGAAAGUGAAGAAGAAGGUGGAGGCCAAGAAUGCCCUGGAGAACUACGCUUACAAUAUGAGGAAUACAGUGAGAGAUGACAAGGUUGGUGGUAAGUUGGACCCGGCCGACAAGCAGAAGAUUGAGAAGGAGAUUGAGGAGACAAUUGACUGGCUAGACAGGAAUCAAUUGGCAGAAGUAGAUGAAUUUGAGGACAAGUUGAAGGAGUUGGAGGGCUUAUGCAAUCCAAUCAUUUCAAAGAUGUAUCAAGGAGCUGGCGGUGAUGUGCCAAUGGGUGGCGGUGCCCAGAUGCCAGGAGGUGCGUACAGCAAGGCUAGCUCUGGUGGUUCUGGAGCCGGGCCUAAGAUUGAGGAGGUUGAUUAAGGCUUGAAAGUACUCAUUUUAAAUGUUCUAUUUUUAUCGGCUCCUGUUACUCUGUCCUUGAAUGUGCUUAAGUGAUUCGAAUGAGGCAUGCUUAAGUAUUAAUGUUGUGAAAAAUCAUGCAGUGGAAUCAAUGAUGAUGUGUAUUUAGAUGUCUGAUGAAAUACAAGGAGUUGUUUAAUUAUCCA